AUGGUGAAUUACCCUGGUGAACUUCAGACGUUGUGUAACGUUCCUAGUUACCCUGGUGAACUUCAGACGUUGUGUAACGUUCCUAGUUACCCUGGUGAACUUCAGACGUUGUGUAACGUUCCUAGUUACCCUGGUGAACUUCAGACGUUGUGUAACGUUCCUAGUUACCCUGGUGAACUUCAGACGUUGUGUAACGUUCCUAGUUACCCUGGUGAACUUCAGACGUUGUGUAACGUUCCUAGUUACCCUGGUGAACUUCAGACGUUGUGUAACGUUCCUAGUUACCCUGGUGAACUUCAGACGUUGUGUAACGUUCCUAGUUACCCUGGUGAACUUCAGACGUUGUGUAACGUUCCUAGUUACCCUGGUGAACUUCAGACGUUGUGUAACGUUCCUAGUUACCCUGGUGAACUUCAGACGUUGUGUAACGUUCCUAGUUACCCUGGUGAACUUCAGACGUUGUGUAACGUUCCUAGUUACCCUGGUGAACUUCAGACGUUGUGUAACGUUCCUAGUUACCCUGGUGAACUUCAGACGUUGUGUAACGUUCCUAGUUACCCUGGUGAACUUCAGACGUUGUGUAACGUUCCUAGUUACCCUGGUGAACUUCAGACGUUGUGUAACGUUCCUAGUUACCCUGGUGAACUUCAGACGUUGUGUAACGUUCCUAGUUACCCUGGUGAACUUCAGACGUUGUGUAACGUUCCUAGUUACCCUGGUGAACUUCAGACGUUGUGUAACGUUCCUAGUUACCCUGGUGAACUUCAGACGUUGUGUAACGUUCCUAGUUACCCUGGUGAACUUCAGACGUUGUGUAACGUUCCUAGUUACCCUGGUGAACUUCAGACGUUGUGUAACGUUCCUAGUUACCCUGGUGAACUUCAGACGUUGUGUAACGUUCCUAGUUACCCUGGUGAACUUCAGACGUUGUGUAACGUUCCUAGUUACCCUGGUGAACUUCAGACGUUGUGUAACGUUCCUAGUUACCCUGGUGAACUUCAGACGUUGUGUAACGUUCCUAGUUACCCUGGUGAACUUCAGACGUUGUGUAACGUUCCUAGUUACCCUGGUGAACUUCAGACGUUGUGUAACGUUCCUAGUUACCCUGGUGAACUUCAGACGUUGUGUAACGUUCCUAGUUACCCUGGUGAACUUCAGACGUUGUGUAACGUUCCUAGUUACCCUGGUGAACUUCAGACGUUGUGUAACGUUCCUAGUUACCCUGGUGAACUUCAGACGUCCAAAAGGACCCACAUAUUUUGUUGCCAACUACAGAACCUGCACACGGUCUGGAACAUUUCUUAG